AUGGCAGCGGCAGCAUUGAUUCCUGACUUCAUUGUCGGACCACCUCCGACCGGACAGCAGGGAUCUCCAUUGUUCCAGUUUCAAGAAACUGCCGGUCAAAUUGGCGCCCACUCAUUUGCGCCUGGACACCAAUUGCGGUGGAGCGAAAGAACCAUUCUUUCGCGAUUGAAGGAUGCAUUGGCUCUCUUCUACACGCACAUUGCGAUGAUUGGGUCAGUAUUGGAACUUAAUCGAUGGAAGGUGACAUUGAUUGAGACUGCUCAGGCGAUUGUUCAUUACGGAGAAGUUAUAUUGGCCGAAGGCUUGGUGCACAUGGGUUGCGAGGCCAUGUUGCAGAUUGCUGACUCAUUGCAAGCCGCCAUCACGGCAUUGUGCAAACAAUUGUCAAAGUGGAAUCAGCGUAUUCCAAUGUUCGAAUUGCCACUGGGCUGGUUCCCUCACAAUCGAUUUGUGAAGGUAUAG